AUGGCUCAAUCAUUUCUCAUUCUCUGUUUCAUUCUAACCCAUUUCAUUCUUGGCAUAGCUACUUCUUUAAACGAUCAAGGUCUUGCUCUUCUUUCCUUUAAGCAAUCUUUACAAAACAAGAAUGACUCUGUUUUUACUAAUUGGAACUCUUCAGAUUCAAACCCUUGUUCUUGGCAAGGUAUUACAUGUAAUGAUGAUAUGAGAGUUGUCUCGAUUCGUCUUCCUAAUAAACGUCUUUCUGGUUCUCUUCAUCCUUCCAUUGGAAGUCUUUUGUCACUUCGACAUAUUAACCUUAGAGACAAUGAGUUUCAAGGGAACUUACCUGUUGAACUCUUUGUACCUAAAGGGCUUCAAAGCUUGGUGCUUUCAGGGAAUUCGUUUUCCGGGUUGGUUCCUGAAGUGGUUGGGAGUUUGAAGAGUCUCAUGACUUUGGAUCUUUCUGAGAACUCUUUCAAUGGUUCGAUCCCUUUGUCGCUUAUUCAAUGCAAGAAGCUAAAAACACUCGUUCUUAGCAAGAACAGUUUCACUGGAGAUCUUCCAACCGGGUUUGGUUCUGACUUGCUUCAUCUUCGGACACUGAAUCUUUCUUUCAAUCACUUAACUGGAUCAAUCCCUGAAGAUAUAGGAAGCUUGAAGAAUCUGAAAGGUACUCUUGAUCUUUCUCAUAACUUCUUCUCAGGUAUGAUUCCAACAAGUCUUGGUGAUCUCCCGGAGCUUCUCUAUGUCGAUCUUUCUUACAAUAACCUCAGUGGUCCGAUACCUAAAUCAAACGUUCUUUUGAAUGCUGGUCCAAAUGCUUUCCAAGGGAACUCUUUCCUUUGUGGAUUACCCUUAAAGGUUUCUUGCAUCACAAGAAACACAGGGAUAGUUCCUUCCACACUAUAUACAAGAAGAGUCAACCAUCAUUCCAAACUCUGCGUCAUCCUUACAGCCACUGGAGGUGUACUCGGCGGAAUCUUUUUUAUUGCUUCAUUAUUAAUCUACUGUCUUCGAAAAGCAUCAGCUCGUUCAACCAAAGAUGAGAACAACAACCACACAUAUCAUUCAGAAGAGAAACUGAAGAAGACAAAGACAGAGUUCCUCUGUUUCAAGAAUGGGAAUUCAGAAUCUGAAACGCGCGAUGAGAACAAGACUCAACAAGUUUUCAUACCAAUGGACCCUGAGAUCGAAUUUGACCUCGACCAGCUACUAAAAGCCUCGGCUUUUCUUCUAGGGAAGAGCAGGAUCGGGCUAGUGUACAAGGUUGUACUUGAAAACGGGUUAAUCUUAGCUGUUAGAAGAUUGGAAGAUAAAGGUUGGCUAAGGCUUAAAGAGUUUCUAGCUGAUGUUGAAGCAAUGGCCAAAAUCAAACACCCUAAUGUCUUGAAUCUCAAGGCUUGUUGCUGGUCUCCAGAAGAGAAACUCCUCAUCUAUGAUUACAUACCAAAUGGAAAUCUUGGUUCUGCAAUUCAAGGUAGGGCUGGUAGCGUAUCCUGCAAGCAACUAACUUGGCCGGUUAGGUUAAGAAUAUUGGGAAGAAUCGCUAAAGGAUUGACUUACAUACACGAGUUCAGUCCCAAAAGAUACGUCCAUGGACACAUUACCUCAACAAACAUACUUCUCGGACCAAAUCUUGAACCGAAAGUAUCCGGUUUCGGUCUAGGCCGUAUCGUCGACUCAUCUUCAGGGAUCAAGUCAGAUCAAAUCUCUCCAAUGGAGACAAGCUCACCAAUCGUCUCUAGAGAAUCAUACUACCAAGCUCCUGAAGCAGCUUCAAAGAUGACUAAACCGUCUCAGAAAUGGGACGUGUAUUCAUUCGGUUUAGUUAUACUCGAAUUGGUAACCGGGAAAUCUCCGGUUAAUUCAGAGAUUGAUUUGGUUAUGUGGGUUGAAUCAGCUAGUGAGAGAAAUAAACCGGUUUGGUAUGUUCUUGAUCCGGCUUUGGCUCGGGAUAGAGAUUUGGAAGAUAGUAUGGUUCAAGUGAUCAAGAUCGGUUUAGCUUGUGUACACAAGAAUCCAGACAAAAGACCACUCAUGAGAAAUAUCUACGACAGCUUCGAAAAGCUUGUUUCUUCAAUUUAA